AUGGUUAACCAGCCUCCUUUCCCUGCGCCACACAGUUCAGUGAGUGCCACAGGGCCUAAUCACCAACCCCCACCCUCAGUCGGCAACUGUAACAAGUUCACCUACUGCCACGCCUGCUUACUGGUUGCUGGGAUCUGGUGCUACGCUGGAGUUUUUGCUAUAGGUCCCCUGUCUGGCUGGGGAGAGUAUGGGGCAGAGCCUUAUGGUACAGCAUGCUGCAUCAAUUGGCAUACUCCCAGCCAAAGCUCUGCAGCCAUGAGCUACAUCAUUUGCCUCUUCUUCUUCUGCUACAUUGUGCCCUGCACUAUCAUCUUCUUGUCUUACACAUUCAUCUUGAUGACAGUCCGGGGCUCCCGUCAAGCUGUGCAGCAGCACAUGUCCCCGCAGAACAAGAUCACCAAUGCACAUGCACUUAUUAUUAAGCUGUCUGUGGCAGUUUGCAUCGGUUUCCUGACAGCAUGGAGUCCAUAUGCCAUUGUGUCCAUGUGGGCAGCAUUUGGGAACUCAGCAACUGUACCACCCAUGGCUUUUGCUCUGGCAGCUAUCUUUGCCAAGUCCUCCACCCUUUACAACCCUGUUGUCUAUCUGGCCUUCAAGCCCAACUUCCGCAAGUCCUUGUAUCGGGAUGUAGCCCAGUGCAGAAGGACAUGUGGAUGUCUGUGUCAGCACAGCUCUGUACAGAAGGGAACUUGCAUGCAAUUGCAUCACAAAGAAGAGUGCAACUCCACAAGGUUGUCAAAUGGGCUGCCGGAGAACCACAGGACCUGCAGACACUGUCCUUGCCCUGAAACAGUCACUGGUACCAGAGAAAACUUUACAGACUACAGCCCCCAGCAGACUGCCAGGAUACUUAAAGGAUCGCUACAUAGUGAGGUGGCUGUCAGUCAGCUCUCCAAUGAGUUGCAGAGCGACUUCCUAUAGAGAAACAAACAUUGGCGGACACCUUGCAGGUAAAAAAAGGAGGGAAAGACGGCUGGUUGUGACUAAAGGUUGAAAGAAACAAGUUGCAAGUUGGGGAAUAGGGAAAAUGUAACUAAAAUCAAAAUGCUUUUAUUGAAGGAAAACAUUUUAUAACUUUAAAAACUAAGAACUUUUCUCAUGCCUCAAAUAUGUGAUACUGCCAAAAAAAAUUACCACAAUGUUAGCCAAACAGUAUGCAACAACAGAUGUGUACAUCAAUAUUUCAUCAGGUCAAAUUAAUCCGCGUCAAUAACUAUCUGCUCACUUUGACUGACUGAGACUGAGAGUCAAUAGAGUCACAAUGCAAAUUAAUUCAAGCCUGAUUUAAAAGAGGGAGCUGAUAUUGAAACUUUUUACUAUAUAACCUACCUUUUAUGUAUUUAUUACAAGUACUGUAUUUUAUGAUUUAUUUGAUUUGAUAGGUAUUUAUUAAUGCAUGCCUAUUUAAAGGACCACAGGGUUGCUGUUGUUACAUCAUAGGAAAACAGUUCUCCUCAGUCUCCUUAGUGAGCCCAUUGUUACAUGUGUAAAAAAUGAACUUUUACCCAGGGGGCGUCGUAUUGAUUCCUCUGCAAAUAGGAGCUGGAGUUGCCCAUGUCAAUUUUUCUAAUCAGCUGUGUUGAGGACAGAAGGGAUGACUGAAUUAUAAAAGCAGAAGAAUUUGGCUAACCAAAUCUAUAACACUCAAUAAGCUCGAUUCUCUCUUAGAAUACUCUAUGUGGAGAGCUCUAGACAGAAAUAGGACAAUCAUAUCAACUACAUAUUUGAAAAAUUGUAGAAAACAUAUGUUGCAUUGUACCAAAUGCUGAAUAAUAUUCAAACGUCCGCAUUUUGUACAAAUGAUGUGCGUUGCUUUACCUGCAUGAAAUCCAGACAUAAAAACACCAUGAACACACUAAACAGAGUAAUUAUUAUUAAUUUUUAUCUGUUUGUCAGUCUAGAACAAGGUUGUAGCCAUUAUUUAGUAUCUAUAAGUGUUCAUAAAACAGAUAGCUGACUGUUAUGGUGGACAAAGGUGAUUAAAAGAACAGGAAGUUGUGUUAACAUAUUGGCAUCUUUUUUUCCAGGAGGCUUACCAGAUGCAGUCAGAUAAGAUGUGGAAAGUUAAAAAAUAAUUAUGUUGUUUGUUUUACAAAAGUUUACCCAUAAUGUUAAUAAUAAUCCUUAGUUGCAGAGGAAAACUGUGUGUACGAAAGUCAAAGUCGCCAAGGAGUCUGUCUGUAAAAUGUGGUGGAUUUCCAGCCAUUUUCUCUUCCAAAUAAGGCUUUGUUUUUAAUACAGAUAUGAAGGCAAUCUUUCAUCCUUCAUCAGGCUACUAUUUAGCAAUGUUUUUGCUUUUCUAGAUUUCAUCAAUUAACUUGGGCAGUGUGUUAUCAUUACUGACAGGAGUGAUGACCAAACCUAAGAAAAUAAGACCCAAAAUUGUAAUAAACUGGAAUGAUCCUUUAAAGUCAGAUAACCUUUAAUGAAGCCUGUUAGUGUGUGUAUGAAAGUGAGAAAAAGGAAAAUCAUGUGGUUUAUUUAUACUGUAUGCGUUUAUUUUUCCAAUGUGCCUCUGUGAGCGUGUGCUUUCAUGGGCAGAAGUACAAAUGUGCAGCUCCUGAGAGAAGCUAACAGUAUCAGCAAAUUCUUUUGGGUCUGACUCACAAACAACAACAACAAAACAAUAACACUGAAAUGGGCAUAUUAAACGUGUUCCUUAAGCCAUUAUAACAAAAGGAGAGAAAUUAACUCUAUGUCUCUGCAUGGAUAUAGGCCACUUGCCUAUAGUGCUCUUCUUGCCUCCUGGAAAGGAGAGCGCCUGUUGUUCAAUAAAAGGAUUUGUAACAUGAGAGACACAAGGCUUUGCCUCAGCACCUGCCAACAUUAUUCCAAAUAAAAAAUGCCCAGUUAGCAUAGUUGAGUUUAACCACAGUGUUUGUCCAAUGAGCAGUUUUCCCCUGGCAGCAUAGGUCAUCAAAUGAAAGUAUAAAAAGACCUGCCAUGGAUAAGAUUAAUUAGAUCUGGUAGAACACGUGUUGUGGUUCAAUUGGCAUGACUCUCAUGCCAUGUCAUGAUUCCUUCCCUUAGCAUGGAGAGAGGGACUCUGUCAUAUGCAUGGAUUCAAACAAUGAUGGAUUUGUUCAUCAAAGAGAAUUUAACAGUAUAACAUUCAUUUUAUGAAUGCUUAAUGAAAAAAACCUCUCUAUGAGCUACAUUUUAUGUACAAAUGAUCAAUGAUUCAGUUUUCAUAAAAUACCUUACUAUAGAAGCAGUUUACUUUGUCAUGAAAUAAUUUGCUGCUAAGUAAUGCAUAACAACCAUGUCAGCACAUGUGAUGUAUUCUGCUACUGGUUGCACUUCUCAAAUUAAUGCUAUAACAUAGGUAAUGACGGCUUCUUGAAGAAAUUGAAACUAAUCCAACAUUGCCAUCCGAACGUAUAGCCCACUUGGGCUUUUUCACACAACACUUAGCCCUGGAGUUAGACCCUUGUUAGCUCAGGGCUUAUAGCUCUGUUAGAUGUGAGCUUCAUCUGUUAGAUGAAUUGUGCC